AUGUUAUUGUCUGCCCCGAAGUCGUCAAGCGACAAGAAAAUUUGCGAGAUGAAUUCUCCAGUUAUUACUACCGAUUGGGAUGGCCCAGAUGAUCCCGAAAAUCCUAAAAACUUUGCGCUUUGGCGAAAAUGGGUUAUGGUGUUUACUGUUUCCUUCAGUUCGCUUUGUGUAACAUGUACUUCGGCAUUAUAUUCGUCCAUGUAUGAACAGAUCACAGUACAGUUUCAUAUAUCAGAGCUCGCCGCCACGGUGGGACUAUCCCUUUUCAUCUUUGGUAUGGGCGUUGGACCCAUGUUUGUUGCACCAAUCUCUGAGUUCUAUGGACGACGCCCUAUAUAUAUUGUUUCUUUAGCACUGUUCACAAUAUGGCUUAUUCCAUGUGCAGUGGCUAAUAAUUUCGAAACUAUGCUCGCUGGUCGAAUGCUUGGUGGUCUGACAAGUGCUGCCUUCCAAAGCGUCGCUGGAGGUACCAUCGGCGACCUGUUCACCCGUGAAACACUGCAGCUUCCAAUGAUGAUAUACACAGCAACACCUUUUGCCGGCCCAGUCCUCGGACCAUUAAUUGGUGGAUUCAUCAACUCAUUCACGUCUUGGCGCUGGUCGUUUUAUGUCAUCAUCAUUUGGAGCGCCUCGCUAUGGGUUGUCACGAUUACCUUCAUGAAGGAAACUUAUGCUCCAGUCCUUCUACAGAAGAAAGCACUCCGUCUGCAGGCUGCCUUGACAGAAAGCUGUGCAACUUGGCAGCCUGGAACGCUAUCAAUGCGGAAAGUCUUUUUAAGGUCCAUGUACCGUCCUUUUCUUUUACUAUGUUUGGAACCAAUGUGUCUGUGCCUUUGCCUUUAUACUGCGGUCAUCAUUGGUACCCUGUACCUCUUCUUUGGUGCCUUCCCCUUGGUCUUCUCCAACCUGUACGGUUUCAAUCUAUGGCAAAUCGGGUUGACAUUCCUCGGCCAACUUAUAGGCACGCUUCUUGGUGUAUGCCUCAACCCUCUCUGGGGAUGGAAUUUGCAUAGAUUGGUUCGAAAACACUCACCCGAUGGAAAAGCUAUUAUUCCCGAGUACCGGCUUCCACCAGCAAUUCUCGGUGCUCCUCUUAUCACGAUUGGCCUAUUUUGGUUUGGAUGGAGCAGUUCAGCCUCGGUGAGUACAGAAUUUUCGUUUCCGUCAAGAUAUCUGACUGAUAUUCCUAUGCAGGUCCACUGGAUUAUGCCAAUUAUGGGAAGUGUCUUCUUCGGUCUUGGCGUCUUUCUCGUCUUCCAAGGAGUGAUUACUUUCCUCGUUGAUGCGUAUCCAUUAUACGCAGCGAGUGCAUUAGCGGCCAAUGCGUUCCUUCGAAGCAGCUUUGCCGCUGCAUUCCCUCUAUUUGGUAUCCAAAUGUAUGAGGCCCUUGGAUACCAAUGGGCGACAUCUUUCCUUGCCUUCUUGACUGUCGCUAUGCUUCCAUUGCCGUGA